AUGACUCGAUCAGAUUAUUAUGAUGAAAUAGCUUACCUGAUGACUGAAAUUCAUACAUGCAGAGUCAAACGUAUGGAAUUAAUGAAAGAAUAUGCUGUUAUACAACACAAUGAUCCAUACAGAGAUGAUUCAUUUUGCAGUCAACUUAUUCAAUAUAAAAGUGAUUUAAAAAGAAUAAAUGAUAAUAUCAAGAAAGUGGAACAAAGAAAUGAAACUUUAAAAUGUCAAUUAGAAAAAUUUAAACGAAAUACAAAGGAUAACUCUAGUCAUAAUACGUAUACAACAAUACACAAUGGUUUACUCAAUGUUCAAGCAUCACCAUUAUCCUUGAAAGUAACACCUUCAAUAUUGGAUACAAAUGGAAGACAGACUACAAUCGAAAAAUCGAUGUUGAAGAUUUUUAACUCACAGUCUAAUGAAAUAUCAAGAUCAAUAGGGAGAAAAUCAAUAUUCGUUGAUCGACAUCAUGAUAAAGUUCAGACUAACAAAAAGAAAAGUACAGAUAAUUCAAGCUCUCAGCUUCAACAGGUAAUCAAAAGAACGAAGGAAAUUUUAGAUGCACAAGAAAUUAAUUUAAAAUCGAUAUCAUAUACUAGCAACUAUGAUGAUGAUGAUGAUUGCGACAGAAGAUUAUGUCGACAUCAAGCAAUAGAAUUAAAACAUACGAAUAAUGAAGUGACCACAACUGAGAUACCAAAUCUUUUGCAAAAUAUAUCUGUAUCUCCAAUUUUGGCGAGAAACUUAAAUUAUUCAAAUGCUUCACCUGAGAGUUGUUAUCAAGAAUCUUUGUUGCUUAGUUCCAAUAUUUCAGUGAAUAAUACCAAUGGUGAUAGUGAAAACAUUGAUGAGAAAUCCAAUAGAAAUGCUUCACAGAAAUCACUGAUAGUAGAUGAGAUUCAAGGUGAAGAAGAAGACGACGACGAAGAAAAAGUAGAACAGAAAAAGGGAGAGGAAAAGGAAAGUGAAGAUAUUACUACAUCAGUUUCAGAUGAAAAUCGAGGAAUUCUAAGAGGUCAGUCUUAUGAAGAAUUUUUGGCGAAAGCAACCUUUAGUAUUGAAGAUUCUUCGUGUAAUUUUGUCAAUGAAUCCAACGAUCAUGAGUCUGAAUUCGAUUCAGCUCUAUUGCAACAUGAUUCAUUUACAAAUGGUGACGGGGGAAAAUCAAAUAAACUAUUUGAUUUGAACAAUAUGAGUCUACAAUCAUCAUGGACAAUAUAUAAAACUGAAGACUUGGCGAUGAUGAGAAUGAUGACAGCUUUUAUGAUUAAGAACUAA